AUGGAGUUUCAUCUUCUAUGGAAUGCAAGUGGAAAACUUUAUGGCAGCUCAAGCGCGAUGCCCAUGUUAAGCAUUUUUUUGUGGUUAUUGGCUCAUGGUCGGACUUUAGUAAUGGAUAAUAUGCGGCGUAGAGGACUGGAUAUCUCUAGUAUCUGUCCUCUUUGUUAUUGUGAGGAGGACACUAUUUCACAUCUCUUUCUCACUUCUCAAAGGGUUAUACAUAUAUGGUCUGCUUUCUCCGAUGCUUAUCGAAUCAAUAUUCAGUCUUCUAAUCUGUCGAUCUGGUGUAAUCGAAACAGUCUUAUUUAUUCUAAUAAAACUUUUGAUUGGAGGACUGUUAUUCACACUGCUUAUAAUGCUGCUUAUGUGUAUUCUCGAGCCACUAUUAAUAGCCUCACUGUUGCUCACGAGGAGCCAAUUUAUGUUCGUUUAUUACCUCCUAAUGAUGGCUAUGUUAAGUUGAAUGUCGAUGAAUCUUCGAAUGAUGCAGGACAUGCAAGUAGAGGUAUUUUCCGUGAAGAUGAUGGACAUUUUAUGGAUGCUUUUGCGUAG